CACACCGACUUCGUAUGAGAGCCCCUCUAUAUCAAUCUCUUGAGGAAAUCUCUUGCUUGAUACCUGCUGUGGUAUAUUCCGCCUGGCGAUAGAGAAAUCUUUCAGGCUUUUUCAUUCUUCAAUACAACCCUUACCAAGUAUGUCUGCAGAGCUAGAAUCACCCGCGUUCGACGUCGACCGUUGCAUUGAGCUACACAACCAGAUCACACGAAUAGGCUGGGGAGGUAGUGGUCAGAACCCCGAGGGCGAUGAGAUGCAGACGUGGUGGGAGAUGUACGGUGCGGAUUGUGACGAACAAGACCUCACUCCUCGUCUGAUACCCGAAGUCAUCGACUUUUUGAAAGGAGCUUUGCAACCCGACCCUGACGAAACAGGAUCCGAUUCACCAUACCAGAACUUCUUUUACUACAUCCAAGGCCUGGCUAUCCCGGAGACGAUACUUUCAGAGAAUUUCAUUCUGGAAGGUCUGGAUGAGGAUCCGCCGAGAUACGUGCUUUUGUAUCAUGUCACGGAUUUGAAGACUCAUCCUUGUGGAAUUAUAUUUGAUCAGCAGACGAAGAAAGCUAGAACCGUAUUCUCGAUCACGAUCGAUGAUACGAUUGUCCCAGAGGAAGAGAGACUAUGGAUGCCUCUCCAGGUGAUCUUGGAGCAGUAUCUCGACAUGAUCGAGCUUGAAAAAGUCAUCAUGACAGGUGAUGACGCUGGGGAUGAUUCGGACGAUCCUGUCGACGAAGACUUGAGAGAAGAUGAGAAGGUGAAGAUGGAGCGAAAACCUUGGAUCCUUCAAUCGCAUAGCAACAAAAUUCUCGAGAGGACCCUCAGUGUGUAUCAAAACUUGCUUCGAGCAAUCGAAGCACGAAUGCCCAGCCCAGCAUCGCAAUCUCCUCCUUCAUCACCACCAGCGAAGAGCCAACUGGGAGAACAAAACCCUAUCACGGAAGCGAAAGACGAAGACUUCAGUCAAGCCAUCUCAGCAUUGAUUUCCUCGAAUCAAGCAUCUGAAUUUUGCUUCGUUAUUAAGUUUCUCCAGCAAAUGGCUCAUCCAACUCGGUCGCAGCUCAAAUUCUUAGCCCCAGGAUUGCUCCUCCCCACACCUGAAUUAUUAUCAAAUCAGCCAUUUCGAAACAUCGAUUUUCAUAGCAGUAGUUACUACAACCCCGUCUUGCUUUUUCCCGCCAACAACGAGGACGAGACAACAUUCCCAGAAAACAAUCACAACCCAUUCAACUAUCCAUAUGACGAAACGCUCAAUUCAUAUCGUUCAGGACUCUGGAUCAGUGAAAGCAAGCUUGAAGGCGGGGAUUUCGAUGAUUCAUGUCGCUUGCUUCUACCACGACAAAUCAUCGACCGAGACGGAGAAGAGACUGAGCAUCACGCGAAGAGUGCAGAUGGAUUCAUUCUGGAGGAUGUCGACGGAGAGGGGUUGGCAGCUGGCCUGUAUCAGACGAGCUGCAAUCCAUUCAUUUUACGGCACGAAGUGGAACUUUUCCGGGUGUUGGUACACUGGGUUCAGAUGGUAGAGACUGGGAGCUGGGAAGUUGGUGCUGAGGGGGUGAGUGGUGGGACUGAAAAGUGGAAGGAGGCUGAUGAGAGUGAAGAGGGGAGUGAUCGUUAUAGGUUGGAGUUAACGUGGUAGCAUAAGCAACC